AGUCGUGAUUGGGGUUGCACCUAUUCUAGCGCAAACAACACAUACACGUGCACGUGACGACAAUGAGUAAAAAACCGCAUUCCAUAAAAGUUCCCACCCAAUACAGGGCGACUGCCAAGAUUUUGAAGGCGGCACUGGAGCAGCAGAAGUGCAUCAAGACCCUAAUAUUUGCAGAGAAGCAUGCCCGUACACGCUCUUUGCAUACGGUUCUGAAAAAAUUUAGCGAAAAUCGUGUGGCACUGGAAAAGGCCAUCGAAGAGACAGGACUGCUCAGGGACAAUCCCAGUUUUGAUCCCAGUUUGGCCAAGAUUCUAGUCACCGAACUGCUGUUUGGCAGGAAGGAGCUGAACGGCGAAAGCAAACCCGUGCAAACGGUGCGAAGUUACAAGGAUCGACUGCUAAAUUCCAUCAGAGAUUUCGGUGUCCAGCGAAAAGGCAGGUUAUCACACCGAUUACCAGUAUUAGCCGGCUGAGAUGGGCAAGAAGAACAGGAAACAACAGCAUGUCGAUGUGGUGCCAGCUACCACUGAUGAUUCCCCGGCUGUCAUUGAUUCUCCCGUGGAGCAUCAUACGCAGCAGGAGGACACCAGUGCGGAGGUCUUCCUCUGGCUGUUGGCCUACAGUGUGCUCAUGUUCACGCUGCCCUUCUUGGGCUUCUAUGGCGUCCGCAGCUGGCUGCAGGAGUCCUUCCCCCAUUUGGACCUUUUCACGGUCAACUGUUGGUCAGUUCUCACGGCUGUUGUGGUUGUUAACCUCGUGGUGGCCAUGUAUGUAUUAAAGGCUUUCCGCGAGAAGCCCCCACCACCCUUGGAACCCGUGCAGCAGGAUGAGGACGACGAGCCGGAAGCUGCGGAGCCAAAGAAAGAACAGUAACUUAAGUGCUGCCAGCCAAGUCCAGAUUAUUUCGAUCGUUUAAAGGACCAGUAACGACUCUUAACAACUCUUAAUAAAUCUUACUUUGGCUAC